CCGCUAUAAAACCUUGUCAUCGUGCUCGUGCAUGCCAAAUGGACUGUCAGUUGUGAUUGGGAGUAACAAGUGGAUUCAACAGCGACACUUUCUCUGCACCGAGCUGCGCUCUACACCUCUCGACUAUUGCGCUGUCUGAAUACUUCUGAGUAUAAUCAUGGACUCCGAUACCAGCCGAGUGUCUACCCGACCUUCCUCCCCCGAAGUGCACGAUAUGUUCCUUCAUGCAAUGAAGAAGCAUAUGGUGGGUUUCUCCGGUACCGUCUCGUCCACACAGAGCGACUCUCCACUAGAGAUACCCGCGGACAUGCGGAGCCUCUCCGAAGAUGACGAUGAUAUCACCCUGAAAAUGCUGUCAAAGAAGGACCGUAAAUUGCUAUCGGAGAACGAGCUGCAGGGGAUGCGGCUGAAGAUCAACAGCCGGGAGCGGAAGAGGAUGCACGACCUCAACAUCGCCAUGGACGGUCUCCGGGAGGUCAUGCCUUACGCGCACGGGCCCUCCGUGCGCAAGCUCUCCAAAAUCGCCACUCUCCUCCUGGCGAGAAACUACAUCUUGAUGCUGAGCAACUCGCUGGAGGAGAUGAAGAGGCUGGUCAGUGAGAUCUACGGCAGCGGCCACCACAGCAGCUUCCACCCCUCCGCCUGUGGUACCAUGGCGCACACUGGGCCCCUGCCCGGCCAUCCGGCCGUUUCCCACGCCUCCCACCCGGUGCACCACCCACUCCUUCCCCCGGCGGUCUCCACGGCAGCCUCUCUCUCCGCAACGGGUCUCACCUCGAUCAGACCCCACCAUGGACUCCUGAAGGCGCCCUCGGCCGGCCCGGGCCCCCUGGGCAGCAGCUUCCAUCACUGGGGCGCGGGGAUGCCCUGUCCGUGCAGCAUGUGCCAGGUGCCACCUCCACAUGUGUCCGGCAUGAGCGCUGUCACCAUGUCCAGGCUGACGAGUGACUCUAAAUGACUUGAACUCUUAUCAUAAAACGAGAGAGAGAGAGAGAGAGAGAGAGAAAAGGGAAAUUAACGUUCUGUUGUAGACGUCACACUGCAUCUCAGUCCAUAUCAACACGUUUUUAUUUUAUUUAUCUGUUGCUGAAAUUAGCUUUGGAUUGAGCCAACAGAAUAUCCGUACUUUAGAAAACUGGAGGAGCCCUACUAACAUAGCAUUUUGUAACAUUAUUUAGCUUAAUUGAUAACAGGUGCUUAUGACACAUUUUCAUAUUCAGUAAAGGUCAUCAGUUCACUGUGUGCAAACCUGUCUUACACUGUGGCCGCAAGGAAUAUACAUAAUUCAAAUGGCAUUUACUGAUGGCUUUUAAUGUCAUGUUCUUGAUCAUCAUUUAAUGUAAUGUUCUUGAUCAUAAUUUAAUGUAAUGUUCUUGAUCAUUAUUUAAUGUAAUGUUCUUGAUCAUUAUUGAACUUUAGACUAGCCCAUUCCGAGACCGAAAAAAACUAAAAGACACUAUUUAGAUAUAGCAAACUGGAUGAGAAUACAAUGGUAAUGUAGAUUGUAAAUAUGUAGAUUCAGAAUUCUGUUUAUAUAGUACGAGAGAUUUUAUAUCAGGCCUUUGGUUAAUGUUUGGGAUUGACCCCCCUUUAGCAUGUCUGCUUUCAGCCAUGUAGCACUGGUACCAUACUGCAUCUGAUUCUUCCUCUGCCUCUUGUAUAAUAUGUCCCUACAGUGUUCUCUCUCCGACGUCACUGCCCAGCCCUCGAUGGCUGUUUUCUUGUGUAUGUUUCCCUUCCCAUUGUUUGUCGCCACGCAUGCCCAGUCACCGCCCGACGCGAAGAAUGAUCACUUCUUUAUGUUUUAUAAAAAAAAAAAGUGCUAAAUGAUAUUUAUUUACUUAUUUUCAAUGGGAUUUCAAAUGAAUAAAUGACGAUGAUUAUCUUGGGAUUUUAAAUGUUAAAUAAAACAAGUUUAAUUAUA